AGCAAAAUUCACUUUCACCUGCAGCGCAACAACUUCUCGCCUGGCUAAUACUACUACUGAGCCAGAGCAUGGCUGAACUAAGUUCGAGGGUGGUUAAAACACAAUACGGUGAAUUGUCUGGAGUGAUAGUAUCCUUAGGUCGUAGCCUAGAGAGCGUCGAGGUAUAUCGUGGGGUACCCUAUGCUUCGCCGCCAAUCGGAAGUCUAAGAUUCAUGCCACCCGUGAGUUCCGCUCGCUGGCAUGGUGUGAGAGUAGCGGAUAAGUUCGGCCCCGUAUGUCCACAAAAAUUACCACUAUUGACUGACAAGAUGUCUAAAGGCAGACUUGAUUACCUUACAAGACUGUUGCCUUAUUUGAAAAAUCAGAGCGAGGACUGUCUGUACCUCAAUAUUUACGCUCCCGUUCAAGCUGGCACUCGAAGUAACGGGGGUAAAAGUUAUCCAGUAAUUGUCUUUCUCCACGGUGAAAGCUACGAAUGGAACAGUGGCAAUCCAUAUGACGGAAGUGUGUUAGCAAGUUAUGGCGGACUUGUUGUUGUUACCGUCAAUUACAGACUUGGCAUUUUAGGGUUUCUAAACGUCAACGCGGACUCACACUUGCGAUCCCCAGCCAAUUACGGAUUGAUGGAUCAAAUCGCUGCAAUGCAUUGGGUACAAGAGAAUAUUGCUUAUUUUGGAGGUGAUCCGAAAAAUGUCACAUUGAUUGGCCAUGGGACCGGCGCUGCCUGUGUCAACUUUUUAAUGACAAGCCGUGCUGUGCCAGAUGGUUUACUGUUCCAUCGAGGCGUCCUUAUGUCCGGAAGUGCUUUGUCACCCUGGGCUUUAAUAAGGGGAGCUGCUAGUUACGCUACUCAAGUUUCAAAAAAUCUCAAUUGUUCGUCCAUGGGAGAUUCGCAAAUGCUACUUAAAUGUCUAAGAGAUGUACCGCUAAAUGUAUUACUAGCAGUACCAGUUCAAGGUUUGGAAUUUGCUCCAGCAUUUGGUCCGAGCAUAGAUGGAGUGGUCAUUGAUCCUGGCGAGCCCGAGGAUCAGGACUAUACGCUCCAAGUCGAUACGAUUAACACGCUGAACAAUAUUCUUUUAAGAAAGGAUGUCAUUGCCAAAUUGUCGAGAUACGACCUUAUGGUAGGCGUUGUACGAUCUGAAGCAUAUUUUUCGCUAACAGCCGAAGAUGCGCAAUAUGGUAUUGAAGCAGAGCGACGAAUGAAAAUACUACGAGAAUUUGUACGUAAUACGUACACAUAUCAUCAACCUGAAAUAUUGGCAACGAUAAUCAAUGAAUAUACAGACUGGGAAAGACCAGUUCAACAUCCAGUUAAUAUAAGGGAUGAAACACUAGAGGCAUUAGGGGAUGCAAAUACGGUUGCUCCCGCAACUCGUACAGCUGACCUUCACAGUAAAUCUCAUCGUAACUCUUAUCUUUACGUAUUCGAUUAUCAAACAAAAUUCGGCGAUUAUCCUCAACGCCAGGGCUGCAUUCACGGCGAGGAGUUGCCGUACUUUUUUGGAGCGCCGCUCGUCUCCAGCUUAGCACACUGGCCCCGGAACUACACGAGAACGGAAAUUGGCCUCUCCGAAAGUAUUAUACUAUACCUCGCGAAUUUCGCGAGAACCGGUAAUCCGAACGUGGGCACGCCAGAACCAGGAUUGCCAAACUCUCGACCCGAACGGACAAAAUUGAAGAACCUCGAGUGGACAGCUUACGAAGCCAUGCAUAAAAAGUACCUUAGUAUAGAUAUAAAAUCAAAACUGAAAAAUCAUUAUAGAGCUCACCGACUGUCAUUUUGGUUAAAUUUGGUUCCUGAUUUGCACAAACCAGGAACUGAUGAUGUUCCAAGAUCUCAUCAUCUACUGGAUUCAGAACAGGUCCCACCGCGUUUCAUUCAAAGGCUCCCAACGACAUCAACGAACCCAACAACAACACUCGAGACAACAAGCGAGCGAACGGUUAAUACAACUUCAGCCCACCCUAGUGAACUCGCAUUCGAAGAAUCGACCAGCCAACCAGAGGAUGGCUUUGCCGCCUACAGCACUGCCCUUAGUGUGACCAUCGCGAUCGGCUGCAGCUUGCUUAUUCUCAAUGUACUUAUUUUCGCAGGAGUGUAUUACCAACGCGACAAGAACAAUCCCCAGCAUUACCCAAAAAAGUGUCAAGAAAAUGGUCAGAUGCCAAAUAAUAUAUGUGGUGAAUUAGAAAGUAAGGGAGAGCGACGACACAUUCAACAUAUGCCGCCUCCUGUUUUCGCCGAUUCGCAAAAUAACAGUUGUCACGUACCGAUGCCACCGCCUCCGCCGAAAAACUCUAAGCCGAGCAAGCAACAACAAACUAUUCUAUCCAACCAGAAUCUCAUAAUUAGUCCUAACCACCUGCAACAGGUAGAUAACCUGUCAACAGCAGGCUCGAGUACAAUAAAGAAAUCAAUGCAUCACGAUAGCCAAUCUCACACUAUGGAGGAGUUGAGAGUCUGAAACGACGAAUUGCAAGAGCCUGCAUUCUC